UGCAACAUGAGAAGGGAAGAGAAGAAGAAGAAGAAGAAGUAGGAAUAAAGGAGGGAUUUUUAGGUUUGGGAAGGAGGGGGUUUUAGAGAUGUGUGGAGGCGCCAUCAUCUCCGACUUCAUUCCGGCGUCGCGGCGAGUGACCGCGGAGCAACUGUGGGUGGGCCGCGAGAAGGGCGAGCUGAAGAAGGGGAGACAUUGGGAUGACGACGACGACUUUGAGGCUGACUUCCGGGAUUUCAACGACGAGGCCGAGGAGGACGAGUUCGAUGGCGGCGAGACGGAGGCGGGUGAGUUUGACGCCGUGCACUUUGGUUUUGGAUCCAAAGCCCCCUUCACCCGAGAGGGCUCAGCUAAGUCUGUAAGGUUUGAUGGAUCUGCUGCUAAAUCAGCCAAAAGAAAGAGAAAGAAUCAGUACAGAGGAAUCCGCCAACGACCAUGGGGCAAGUGGGCAGCUGAAAUCAGGGAUCCUCGCAAAGGAAUUCGCGUCUGGCUUGGAACCUUCAAUACUGCCGAAGAGGCUGCCAGAGCCUAUGAUGCUGAAGCCCGCCGGAUUCGGGGUAGGAAAGCCAAGGUGAACUUCCCAACAGCAGCAACUGCAUCAUCAUCGGGUUCAAGAAAAUGCUCGACAAAGCCUACUGCUUCAGAAAUUCCAGAAAUAACUGCAUUGGAAAAACUUGACUUCGACCAGACAUCCAAGUACUGGAGUGACCAUGAGUCUGAAUGUUCAAGGUUCAUGAUAGACAGGGAACUAACCAAGCCUGUUCACAUGAUGAAUCCCCUUAUCACAGUAAAUUCUUCAGCACCUCCAGAAGGAGCUUCUCUGAAUUUUUAUUCUGACGAGGGAAGUAAUUCUUUUGGUUAUACCGACUUUGUAUGGGAGCUCGAGGCCAGGACCCCGGAGAUCACAUUGAUUCUUGCUCCCACUGAACCUGAUAUAUACGAAGAUGGUGGUGCUCAGAAGAAACUGAAACAUAAUUGCUCUGUAGAGACCAUGCCAGCUGAGAAAAAUUCUGCAAUUGAACUCUCUGAGGAGUUAUAUCCUUAUGAACCAUGCAUGAAGUUUCUCCCUGCCCCUUACUUUGGGAGGAGCUCAGAUGCCUUAAUCGACAUCCUAUUUGGUGGUGAACUGGUGCAGGGUGGUGUGGACGUUCUGGACCUAUGGAAUUUUGAUGACUUGCCCAUGGAGGCCAGUGUUUACUAAAAUAAAUGAACCAUGUUGAUGAAGGAUAUGGAGGUUUGGAAACAUUGGCUGGCUAUCAUGAAUUCAUUGUGAUUUGUCUUGCAAAGGUGUCUUCAAGGAUGCUUCUUAUAAUUGCCUAGUUAGGUGUUUCAAUUUUUAGUUUUUGGACAAGCUUUUCAUUCGAUGAUGAAUAAAUGCUUCUUGCAAGUUAACUCAUGUUGCUAUGGGCAUGCUUGGUUUCUUUUGCUAGUCAUGGCCAGAAAUACUAGAUCAGUUAUGAGGUCAUGGAGAUGGUGGACACAAGGUUGCUGCAAUUAAAGUGUAUGGUCUAUGAUGAGAAUUUGAAAUAAAUCUGGAUAUUAAUGGCCAUUGUUUCAAAACUUUUUUGUGGUUAGUGAGAAUUCAAACUCACUUAUU